AUGUGUCCACGCUAAGCCCCGCCCUCUUCAGUUACUCACGCAUCACAACAUGGCGAUGUGUAGAAAGAUGGGUCGGAGAAGUAUCUGUGCUCUUUCUCUGGUUGUUCUCCUCCAACUGUUAUCCAGCGGCUGUCUGUCAGCUCCGGUGAAAACCCCGGCGGAAGCACAAAGCCAAGAGAAUAAGGGGGGAGACGCACCUUCUCAAAAUCCUAUUUUGGACACUGUGAACAAGAACGCAAGCGACACAGCACAUUCGCCAUCUCUGAACCAGAAGGCAGGUGAAGCACAGCCUCCGCCAUCUCUGAACCAGAAGGCAGGUGAAGCACAGCCUCCACCAUCUCUGAACCAGAAAGCAGGUGAAGCACAGCCUCCGCCAUCUCUGAACCAGAAGGCAGGUGAAGCACAGCCUCCACCAUCCCUGAACCAGAAAGCAGGUGAAGCACAGCCUCCGCCAUCUCUGAACCAGAAGGCAGGUGAAGCACAGCCUCCGCCAUCUCUGAACCAGAAAGCAGGUGAAGCACAGCCUCCGCCAUCUCUGAACCAGAAGGCAGGUGAAGCACAGCCUCCGCCAUCUCUGAACCAGAAGGCAGGUGAAGCACAGCCUCUGCCAUCUCUGAACCAGAAUGCAGAUGACACACAGCCUCCGCCAUCUCUGAACGAGACUGCAGGUCAAACACGGCCUCCGCCAUCUAAACAGAGUCCAGCGGCUUCAACAGAUCCCAAGAACCCUACAACACCUGCUGGCAAUGACUCCACAACAACAGAAGCAGAGGCUCCUAAAGACAGCCACACAACAGCCAUUGGACCAAAAACGUCUAAAGAGCAUGUGGACACAAAUCCAGUCACCAUCAUUGAGGAAUCUGAUAAAACACAGCCGCAAGGACCUGUCAGAAAUGUGGACACAGUAACAGAUGAGCCUGAAAAUCUCCCAGACCAAGUUGAGGCAACCGAUGGACCUGCUGCUCCUGAAGCCACUCCAGCCUCUAGUCCAGAAGAAAUGGCCAAACCUGUAACAGAAGAGCUACCCUCCAACGUUUUGCCCCCGUCGACAGAGCAGGUCACCGAACCAGACCUGCUGCAGACCACUGACAAAGUACCAGCACCUCACAUUGAUCUGGAUAGUUACACAGAAGGGGGCGACGAUGACGAUGACGACGACGACGACGAAACCUACAGCGAAACCGACAUAUAUGAAAACAACAACGACGACGUCAAAGACAAGAGCAUGAACAGGAUACAGCCAGACAGGAUGGAGGAGGAGACCCAUUACAAAGGAGCAGACAGCUACAACACAGAGGACGAGGACUCCCACUUCUUCUUUCAUCUGGUCAUCCUGGCUUUCCUGGUGGCAAUCGUUUACAUCACCUAUCACAACAAGAGGAAGAUCUUCCUCCUGGCUCAGAGCCGGCGCUGGAAGGACGGUCUGUGUUCCCGCAACACCGUGGAGUACCACCGGCUGGAUCAAAACGUCAACGAGGCCAUGCCGUCCCUCAAGAUGACCCGAGACUACAUUUUCUGAUCCACGCUCUGAAGAACAAUAUGUCCAGACCUGCACAGAGCCGGUUGGCCUACCUGUCUUGCCGGUCGCACUGUUGACAUGCCGUGCUUUGUCACGGAGCCUGAUUGAUGCUUUCUCUUGCUUUACAGGCCAACCGGAGAGCAUUAUGUCUUUGGAAUAGAACUCUGUUUGUUCAGGAUGUUUCUGUUGUCUGCAUAGAGAUUUUUACUUUUUAUCUGUUGUUCUUAUUUGUUAUAUUGUUUUAAUGUCAUGUUUUCUCAAUGAAUGACUUCUUGGGAUUUAUUAUUUUGCUUUAUUAGGGGUCUUAUAUUUUCUUUUUUGGGAGUGUUUCAGCCUUAUGGUCCCUCUAUUUUGUUUUCCCUCUUGCAUACUGUCUGAAUAUGUUUAAUAGUCACUUUAAGAAUAGGAAGAACUUAGGUCAUAAUAUAAUGCUUAAUUAUAACAGUUGAUUAUUUACCCCAAGAUUAAUAAUAUACCUCUCUCUCUCAGCAGUUGGCCAAGAUAUGAACUGACACACAAGGAAUUUAAAGCACUUGUGUCAUGCAUACUUUUGUACUGUAAAGGUGCAAGUAUGCAAACAAAGCAGCAAUCUAGGAGAAGCUGAUACAUCAGAUAUAUGCAGUCAUUCCAAAAACUGUCCACCGCUCAUGUUGAAAUGGUCCGUUUGUCAUAGAUCUUAUACAGUAAGAAGUAAAGUACUGUAAACUAUAAACAAUGAAGCUUUAGGAAACUUGAUUUUAAAUACACAUAGUCAAAAUAUUCCUUAGUUUUUCAUAUAAUAUGAAUUUGAUGUAUUUUUUUUUCUAACAAAAAAAUAAAUCACAUUUUCGCUAAAAUUUCUAAAUGUAGUUCAGACUUAUUUCCAACUGUUUCCUGUCACACCUUUGCAAAAAAUGCAUAUUAGCCUUUUGAUUUUGAUUUGACAUUAAAUAAGGGAAGUAAAAUCCCUAUUACAUGCUGGGAAAUUAAGCUGCACAUUAAGUUAAAAAGGCUGAGGGGUCUGUUCUUGUGCUUAAGCCAUUUAAAUGAAGACCGUUCAGUUUGGAACAUAUUAAUAUAAUGUGUGGGAGAAGACUUUCCCCUUGUUCAUCAGUUUAUAUUUUACUCGUCUUCGGUACCUCUUCUACUUCUACUGCCCAGAUUUUGCUAUGCAGGAAUCCUGGGGCUGGCCCUCUUUGUUUUAUGACUUCGGUGAAGUCUCUAUCAAUCAUUUAUGGUCUCUAUUGUGGCAAAAUGUGUUCUUCCCUCACGCUCACACAGAACUUUUAAUUAUUUUUAAAUUUGCACACCCUGUGUGGCCUGAUGUUCACAUGAGCAAAGACCACAAAAAAACAAGAACAGACCACAUUUGUUUUUUUCUCUGUCACUCAUAACUUCCUGUUUCUUCACAGCCACAUUUUUCUGUCUGUUGCCGUGUCAUGCCUUCAGUUGAAACGCCAUUAUUGCCACAUGAAUCCACAUAUUUGCUAUCAAUAUCUCGUCGCCUUCUGCCAGUUGUUUUCAGCUGUCUCGUCCGUAUAUAAAGGUACAGUGGUAGAAUAUGAGGGGAGGAGGGCUCCUGCGUAAAGGUGAAGGAUCAACACUGCUCUUGCAAUCAACAGUAGAAACUGUACAAUCUCUUUUUUUGUCAAUAAAGCACAAAUUGUGUACAGAGUC